GUACACUCGCAGUCUAGCUGAAAGGAAGGGCACUCCGCGAGGACGUGAAGUGCGCGGAGGUGCACUUCUAGUGGAUGCGGGAUGGUACCUUGAGGCUCUCCGCCUUAUCUAUAGUCUUCAGGCAGAGAGAUGCAUCAGUUUAACCCUUUGCUAUGCUCUCCAGAGUUACACAUAUUUUCAAAUAAAUUCAAAGUGAUAUUUAGUAAAUAAGUUGAUGAAAUGUGUAGCGAAGCAACAGCUAUUUUGGGGACCUGUGUUUGACAAUAAUUAUACGGAUUUAUUUUUCUUAAUUUGCUUCAACUUCGAUGGCUUCAUUAUUUGCACACCUGCAUGCUGACAAGCAGGAAUGUGAGGUAGCCUAUGUCCCGUCUGCGGCUCUCACAUCACACGGAGUAACCGAGCAUCGGUUGGAUUCGCAGCGCUGGAAAUAACUUUAGAUAUUUAAAUUAUUGGGAUUGCUUAGUCACCUGGGUUUCUUACCUGUCAUAUGCCACCAACAACGGAAAUUCAACAGCAAAAUGAAUAUGGCAUAAACUAUUUCUGGAGACGCCAGUCACAGAUAUCGCCAGCGACUUGGAUAGGGUGGAUGAGAAUUUACCAAACGGACCAAUCCUAUGCAUACCGUGCUUGUUUACUCGCUACGCUGUAUAGUGUCUUCGAGAAGAGCGCAGGAGGAAUGCUGGUCCAAGAUUUAAUACCAUUUCUUUUAAGUUUUUGGCCUUUUCUUUUCGGUCAUUGCAUUUUCUCGUUGGUUUUACUCUCAUGCCAGGGUGAACAGCAGAGGUCAUGCUCACAGACUGUAGCUGGGAAAGUGAGCGACCACUGCCAGCUGGCAUGCCAGUGUAGAAGCUACCCUCCACUUCCCCCACCGCCUCCUCCCCCACCUCCCCCACGGCUACUGUUGGCCACAGUGGUUGAGUCCCCUCUACCCCAGUUGAGGCCGUGGUGGAUGGACGUAAUAGUGCUGGGGACAGUGGGCUGCGCCUUGGCUGUUUUCCUCCUUUCAGCCAUCAUCAUCUGCUACAAGGCCAUAAAAAGGAAACCACUACGGAAAGAGGAGAACGGGACUAGUCGUGGAGAGUAUGCCAUGAGUGCACGCAACAAGAAGGCCAUGGGCCCCAACAACACUGUGGUGUAGUCCAGUGGUUCCCAACCUGUUUAGGUUCACAGUACCACCAACUGAAUUUUGCUCUGCUUGCAGUACCCCCAGAAAUACCCCAUGUACAUUGACCAGUGAGCCUAUGCUCUCAUGAGUCUUCUCAAGUACCCCCUGUAGAUAGACCAAGUACCCCCGGGGGUCCUAGCAUCCCUUGUUGGGAACCACUGGUGUAGACUACUGACCAGAAGAGGAAGUGGCAUCACCACGACCCACCAUCGACCCUAGUCAAAAUACUACAACCCCUCUUACCUAGAAAGCAAAAGGGGUUCUGUUUAAGGCCUUUCCUUCUCUCUUAGCAUGUUGCCUGGAUGAAAGUAAAAUCCAAAUAAAGGAAAAUAGCAAAAACCAUAUAGAGAGAAAUACAAAUGUGAAAAUGGAUUUAAAAACCUAGUAAAGAAGUGAAUUGAGAACUUCAUCAGACUGAAGAACAUCAUGCUGUCAACUACGCUGCCAAUCUACAUCGCUCCACACUUUUGCUGGUUACAAACAACUGCAAUGUAGAAACAGACAUUGAAGCUCUCCAAUGGGAUAGGAGGUUGAACAAGAUCAUGAAGAAAAUGUGCAUGCAGUUUUUAUGAAUUUAAAAACUCUUUUUUUUCAUCUAUUCUUCUCUGACCCUUUUUAUUUUUUUAUUUUUUAAAGCAAAUUUUAUAUACCACUGGCACAGUUGCAGGUGCUUGCUGUGGUUUAGGAUGUAUAGUUCUCAUCUGACUAUGCAAUUACAAAAUAUAUACAGGUCAUACCUAGUAGGAAUUGAAACAAGCGGGUCAAGUCAGUCCCUAUGUUCCAUAAAACAACACAACUUGAGAACCGAGAAUGAGGGCAACUUCAUCUGCCUAUCUUAUUUGUCGUUCAUUUAUUUCUUCAUGUAUAUUGUCUGCUUGUGUAUUUAAUUCUUGAUUUAUUCCGUUGAUUUAAUUAUUUGCAAUGUUUUUUUAAUUUAUUAUUAUUUGAUAUGUUUUGCUUUUACCUUUUUUGAUAUCAGUUGUGGAUCUCUUGCUGUUUGAUAUGCCUUUCUCUGUUCCCCUGCAACUUCAAAGAAUAAGAGGGGGAUUUCUGUGAUGUGAGUUUGUGAAUGUGUUUUCUGACCAUGCUCUUAGCAGCUUAUACUGUAAGUACCCCUUUAUCACAGGUGAAUGCCCCUGACAUGAUUAAAAGUAAGUAUUAUAUUUUGUUUUGUCACAUCAGUGGUUAGACAGCCAGGGAAGCUGUGGGGGGGGACAGUGGGAAGCCCUUUGCCAUGUUCUGAUGGGAUUUUACAGUAUUAAUUGUUCCACCUCCCAGCCAGGGGAGAACCCAUCACUAUAGAAACAGUGCACAUGAGCCCAGGGCUGACGUGCUGAUUGGUGGAGGGCAGGAUUCUAAACAGAGGCUAAUCCGGAUAUCAAGUUGCAGAGGAUGGCUUCAAAAGGACAUGUGACUCAGUGCACUCACAGGCACCCUCAACAUCCUUCUGCUACAAACUGUACACUGUUGAUUUUAAGCAUCAAUCAAUUAUUUAGCUGCUUUUUGGGUGCCGUUUAUCUGUAAAUACAAGUGUGUGAGUGUGUGCGUGCGUGCGUGUGAGAGAACACAAUAGAUGUACGGCUGGCAGGAUCUCUGAAAUGUUCCAUUACUGUUGGAUCUUGUAAACAGACCUUGCAUUGUGACAUGCUUAGGUAUAACCAUAUACCCUAUAAUGUACCAGAUACUGAUGACACGUCACUUAUACUGUACAUUAUCAGGGAAAUGAUCAUGGAUGCAUGAAUGUAAAUAUUGAUAUUUAAAAAUAUCUGCCUUCUGGACUGUUAAUUACAUGUACAGUGUAACAGAAAAUGUUUAUACAUAGUAGAAAUUAAAAAAAUGUGCUACCAAUUAGAAUUAAAUCAAUGUCAUGUUUAUGGAGCAAGCCA